AGUCCAUCUCAUUCUAUUCGGCUCAUUUUUCAGAGAUUUCGUUCGAUUCGAGAUAGAUCCAAAUCGUUCUUGAAAUCGAACAGUCGACAAAAGUUUGUGAACCAAGAAGAUGCAUGUCGUGAGCCCAAGUAAACAAGCCGAAACUGUGGCUAAAGGGGUGGCAUUGUUGUCGGGAAUUUUGGUAGGCUGUCUCUAUGCUUCAUUUGGACGUUCGGUGGCAAUACAAUGGUUUUCCAGCACAAAAGGACCCAACGUAGAAUUCACUACUGUUCCAUCAACCACACCAGGCCAAGUGAUAAAUGAAACUGCCCGAUUCUUAGUGUCGGAUGAUACAACAAUGGCUGACACCUUAGCAAAACGCAUCAAGAUUUUGUGCUGGGUUCACAACAAUGAUCCCGAAGCCAAUCUAAUCGACGCGAUUAAGAAGACUUGGGGUAAUAGGUGCACUGGUUUCAUUACAAUCACAACCAAAGGUGUAAAUUCAACAGAUGUAUUCAACAUUCCGAAUGGGAAAGAUAGCGCGAAUCUCGAAAAUGCAUACCGAUUCAUUUACAAUAAUUUCUCAUCGAAAUAUGAUUGGUUCUUGAAAACCACCGGCUAUUCAUAUGUUGUAAUGGAAAAUUUACGCUUCAAAUUAUUUGCAUACGAUCCAUUGAAGUCAGUUGGUGUUGGACUUGCAUUGAAUAACACCAAAAGGCAAACGUAUCUUUCAGAGAAAGCCGGCUAUGCGUUGAGCAAAGAGGCAUUGAGAAAAUUGAUCAAAGGAUUUGACACGGGAGUUGAAUGUAAGAAUGCCACAAAAUUACACAAUAACGAACAUCGUAUUGGAAUCUGCAUGAGUGAAGCGAAAAUCCAUUUCGCUAAAAGCACCGACGCAAAUGAUAAACAACUUUUCUAUGACAAAUUUCUGGAUGAUUUCCUUAUGCCAGAUCCAAAUGUUAAGCUGCCAUAUCCAUGGUAUCAAGACUACAAAGUCAAUCACUUUCUGGAUUCGGCCUCAAAUCAUUCGAUUGCAUUCUGCGACAUAAGCUGGCACCAAAUGUACGUAAUGGAGUUUCUCAUCUAUCAACUUCGACCGUAUGGAUUGGAAACAGAAAUGCCACCUUUACCAUAUGUCGUAUCAUACGCAGAUUGAGUGAAUAAGAUCUAAGUUUAUUCUUUUUAUUAAAGCGAACUAGGCCGGUUUCGUUUUACAUCUAAAAUUAAUUGAUGGAUAAAUUUAAUUAAAAAAAAUAGUUGAAAUGUUUGUA